AUGGCGAAACGACGACCGUAUGCGCCUGACGGCGAGGCCCCGCGAAAACGUCCACGGGUUGUCCACGAGGCACCUACCUUUGAGGAGAUUGCGUCGGCGCGGCAGCUAAUGCAGCUCCUCGCAUUUGACCAAGACCUACAAAAAGCUCGCCAUGGACUUCAAUCUUUCAAGGUUCUCCUGGACAAGCUGAAUGACCCCGACCACAAGAACCCGGACGAUGCAGCCCUGCUCCGGAGCUACCUCGUAUCCACACGACCGCGGAACGACAAUGCCGGUGCCGAAGACGACGAGGGUGAGACCGACCCCUUGUACCUGCCAGACAUUAUGGAUACAUGGGAAUUCGCUGCAAGGAUGAACAACGACAACGUCAUGUCCUCUGUGCCCGUGGUAUUGGCUCUGUUGAUCCGCUAUUUGUCGCAUGUGCUGGACAUGGCGCCGAUUUGUCUCGGCAUCUGCCGCACGUUGCUGCGCCGCCGUCAAUUGGAGCUGAUUGCCCGCAACCUGUCGGCAGAUAAGGGCAAAGAGUUUGUCAUCUCGCCGACGCUGCGGAUGCUACGCGAAGCCAUUACGUUUGACGGAGGCGCCAUUGCACGGCCGCUCUUCCGCGCCCGCAAUUUUACGUACCGGUCGCUCGCACGCAAUAUGAGCAUCAAGUUCCUCGGCGAGGGGGUGGAGGAUGUCAAGCGUACGUCGGCGCGCACGAAUGCAGUGCGUUUCUUCCUGGCCUCUCUCGCGUUUCUGCAUCCCGAGGCCAAGGCCGAGCUGCUGUCUCAGCGCGAGGUGGUGGGCAGUCUGACCAAGACCAUCAAGGACGAUCCACCGUACCUGGUAUAUGACAUACUCAGCACGCUCCGUGAGCACGUCCUCAAGGACAAGAAACUGCCGCGAUCCGCGCGGAUCAAGACGUUCAACGCGGCUACACUGAUCCGCCUUGCCGGCCUGUAUACUUAUGCCCACGACGGCAUAGCUGGAGCGAAACGUGAUGAUUCCAGCCACUCGAACAAGCUCUCGGUCUCCGACACAGCACACCAACUCUUACUCCACGUCUGCACAUCCUCGAACAUCGGCGUCUUGCGCGAUCAGACCGGCUACUACCCCCAAGGUGUUGAGCCAAAUGCGGGUGCCGCAACUACCACGGUAACCACAGUGUCGUCCUCAUCCAACCGUGAGCCUGAUGAGGAUCUUCAGCUGGAUGCUGGUCUGGACCGCAUUGUCUGGAUGGACAAAUUUGCCGACGAGGUGCCCGUGUUCAACUUUGCUCUCGCCGACCUUCUGCCGAACCUGCGGCCGUGGUCGAGCACGCGGCAGAGCGAGUUGCUCAUCUCCAUCUUUCAGGCAGCACCGGAACUUGUCGCGUGGUACUACAUCGAGCGCAAGAACUUCACGUUUGAGCCUAAGAUAUCGGCGACGUGGGUGGGUUACGCCGCCAUGCUCUUCAAUACCAUCCUCGUCGAAAUCCCCGACUAUUUUGGUCACAAGUCGGCCUACGCCCGUGUUCCACCUCCGACGUCCGUCACUGUGGACAAUAUCCUCCCCCGGCCCCUGUCGCAAAAGAUUCUGAGCCGGUGCUUAACUCAUAAAUCCAAGCUGAUUCCCUUCUUUGCCAUCCGCCUCCUUGCCGUGUCCAUGGAGAAGCUGCGGUCGGCGCUGCGUAUGCACCGUGAGGCCGCGCAAAAACACCCGCUCGAGUCGCUGUGGACGGAGUCGGAGCGGCGGGUGAUUGACGAAUUCUGCCGGCGGUGUCCGCCCAUGAAGGAGGUAAUCAAUGCCUACCGUGCAGCCGCGGACAGCGAUCUGCUGUACCGCGAGGCCGCUAGCCGCGUUUUGCGCUUGUACUACGAGGUCGUGCCGCAGGUGGCACUUACCUCCAAGUUUGACGUAUCCUCCUACCUCUUUGCCGUGAUCCGGCAGGUCGAUGGGCACAAGGGCUCAGCCGAGGACAAGGUCGUCAAGCUCAUGGAACUGGAGAAUCUGCUAACUAUUGCCGGCUACUCCCCCGGCAUGCAGUGGUUCUCCAAGGCCAAGGGCCUGGCCGCGUCCCCAUUUGCAGCGUUGCUCAAGGUGUACACUGAGGCCACGGGCGAUCUAGCGCUGGACAAGAUUCGGGACGUGCUGGACUUUGUGGCACGAGAACAGCAACUGCUAUUGUCGGAGCCAACAGGCCAGGCGCGCGCCACCUCGGUAGGCCUAGCCGCUCUCGUCGGUAGUUUAAAGCCCCGUGGAGAGGACAACGACGGCGCAGACGCGGAUAACGAGAAGCGCUCCCUACUGACCGACCCCGUCUGGGCGUUUGUGGACAACUGCGUUGUUCGCUGCGCCAACGGCCCGAUCAAGUACAUUGAGAUGAUGUACGAGCUCACGGAUGGCGUUGCGGCGUUCGACCCUCUCACCAUGGCCAUUGCCGAGCAGAUGAAGUUUGUGGUUGUCAACGCAGAUCCCGAGACGAGCCGACAGCUGGCCCAGUUCCUGCGGUAUUAUCUACAGCUCUGUCGUGGCGACGAAGCAGGCCUGGUACCUAUUUGGGCCAUGGUCGUGAAUGACAUGAAGCGGGUUUCAAAGGCGCCAGUCCACCUCGAAGAGACGCUGCGAAAACCCAUCCCCAGCACCGUAGUAAACCAGGCGACAUUAUCCAAAUCCAAGGAAUCAUCCAAACGGACGGGCGCAGGAAACCAGAUCAGCAACAGCAACCACAAGGCGGAUGAUGGGAGAGGUAACCUAUUCAAUGAGCGCUCGCUUGAGGGCCUGCUCGAUAUCACCCCCCCCCGCGUCUUUGACUCGUCGGCUCUCUCCAAGUGGGCGACGCGACCGGCAGACGACUUGGUGGACGACGGCCACGCAGCCGCCGUCAUUGGCCUGCUCAUGGCGGACGACGCCACCGUGCGGCGGGCAGCCCUAGUCAACCUGACCAACAUGGCUGCCAGGAUCCGCGAAUCGACGUACGACGAGAAAGACCAGGUCUGGCUUCUCCUGUCGGAGCUCAUCGAGUCGACAAAAGGGUGGAUGACCGACAAGGACACGGCCGACAGGCCCGUGCCCAGCCACAUUGUGUCCUUUACCUGCCACGCGCUCGACGUACUGCGCAACCCGCUGCACUGCCUCUACGCCAAGGUCAACACAUUCCUGACGGCGGGCCCCGUCUGGCGUAUGCGCGCCUUCCCGCUCGUCAACGACAUCGUCCACGACGGCCCCUCCGAGGACGACUCGUACUAUGCGGAGAUCAGCUGGCUGCUGUCGUACUUGCUUGACAGCCUUCGCACGCCCGCCGACAUUGAAUUCUUCCGGUCGCGCCGUCUGUUUGAAGCCAUUUUGUCCGUCGCGUCAAACCCAUACAUGCGCAUCCCACUGCGUCGCCAGAUACUGCGCAUGGUGUGCCGCGUGUCCGACAUUGCGGGCGGCAGCACAACGCUUAUCACGCGGUCCGGCAUUGUGAGUUGGCUGACGGCCCUGGAGGCCACGCAGGCUACGGCGAGCAGUAACAACCGCCAACAGCCGACCAACCGCACAUAUGGUGUCCCAGCCGGCGUCGAGGUGCCGGACGAAGGCGACGAGGCACGCAUCGUCCCGGCGCUGUUGAAGCGGCUAUGGGACUCGUGCGACCAUGACCGGGUCGAACAGUGGAGCGUGCACGGAGUCCAAGAAAGCAUUGGGGUGUAG